UGGUAGAUUUGAAAAUGAACCCCACGGAUAUAGCAGACACCACCCUGGAUGAAAGCCUCUAUAGCAAUUACUAUCUCUACGAAAACAUCCCCAAGCCUUGCACCAAAGAAGGCAUCAAGGCGUUUGGGGAGCUCUUCCUGCCCCCUCUCUACUCCCUGGUCUUUCUGUUUGGUCUCCUUGGAAAUUCUGUGGUGAUUGUGGUCCUGUUCAAGUACAAGAGGCUCAAGUCCAUGACCGACGUGUACCUGCUCAACCUUGCCAUCUCGGACCUGCUCUUCGUGCUCUCCCUCCCUUUCUGGGGCUACUAUGCUGCAGACCAGUGGGUUUUUGGACUAGGUCUCUGCAAGAUUAUUUCCUGGAUGUACUUGGUGGGCUUUUACAGUGGCAUCUUCUUCAUCAUGCUCAUGAGCAUCGAUAGAUACCUGGCAAUUGUGCAUGCGGUGUUUUCCUUGAGAGCGAGGACCCUGACUUAUGGGGUCAUCACCAGCUUGGCCACGUGGUCCGUGGCUGUCCUGGCCUCCCUUCCAGGCCUUUUAUUCAGCACCUGUUAUACUGAGCGCAACCAUACCUACUGCAAAACCAAGUACUCUCUCAACUCCACGAGGUGGAAUGUGCUGAGCUCCCUGGAGAUCAACAUUCUUGGACUGGUGGUUCCCUUGGGCACCAUGCUGUUCUGCUACUCCAUGAUCAUCAGGACAUUGCAGCACUGCAAAAACGAGAAGAAGAGCAAGGCGGUGAGGUUGGUCUUUGCUGUGGUGGCUCUCUUCCUGGGGUUCUGGGCACCUUACAAUGUGGUGCUCUUCCUGGAGACACUGGUGGAACUGGAGGUCCUUCAGGAUUGCACCUUUGAAAGGCACCUGGACUAUGCCAUUCAGGCCACAGAGACCCUGGCUUUCGUCCACUGCUGCCUCAAUCCAGUCAUCUACUUUUUCCUAGGGGAGAAAUUCCGCAAGUACAUCGUACAGCUCUUCAAAACCUGCAGCGGGCCGUUCAUGCUCUGCCAAUAUUGCAGGGUCCUCCAACUCUACCCGCCCGACACUCCCAGCUCGUCCUACACACAGUCCACCGGGGAUCACGAUCUCCAUGAUGCUCUGUAGAAAAAGAAGAG